AUGUCGCCGAGCAUGCGAAGACGCCAGUCUCCAGAGACUACCCAGGAUGUCCGGCACAAGAUACGCGACAGUUUUCAUCGUCACAUUACGCGUCCCAAGGACAAAGAGUACGCUAACUACAUCGGUUUCGAACGUAUCAAACUCACUUGGGCAGACCUUGAAACGAUCGAACAAGCUCUUCCUUCGAUCGAUAAGAGCCAAGCGAUUCUUAUACAGCAAAAUCUCCUAAGGUUCCUUUCUAUUCUCAUAUAUCUCAACGCCGCAGAUUGCCUCGAUAACUUCCAUGACCGCUUCUUUGACCAGGGCGGAAGGCCUUUGUAUUCAGAUGAGGUUCUUCCUCUUCCCGCCGAAAGCAUACCAAACAUCGGGGAUAACUUGCUCAAAGACAAGUUCUUCGAGGAUCAGCACAUCUUCACGCCAGUGAUAAUUGAUACGACUGAGGAUUUCAUGCAGAUAGAACCCAUGCGCCGCUUACCUUUUGAGAGCGAGACUGAUCAUCCGACCAAAGGCGCCUAUGGCGAGGUUAACAAGGUCACGAUAUCAGCGUAUUGUUUCAAAACCAGAAAAGGGGGCAUUGCUUCUGAGUCAAGAGACGUUGCUUGCAAGCGCUUCCCAUCUGUCUACGACGCGGAGCAAGAAGCGGAGACACUGAAGAUCUUGAAAAACAGCACCACAAAACAUGAUCACAUCUGCUUUCACUUCGCCGUUCUGCGGCAUAGAAAGGAGCAUAUAAUUUUGUUUCCAUGGGCGGAUAAAUACGAUCUGAACCUCUUUCUCGAUGAAGGAACGGGCACUUACAAGUUUGAAGACGUGUUCAGUCGUGUUUCACCUGGGUCUGCUCUGUCUGCCAUGUGUACGCAAAUGGCAGAAAUUGCAUCUGCACUGGACUGGCUCCAUGAAAACAUUCAGGUCAAACGAAAGCACGUUCUGCUUGCGCAUCUGGACUUGAAACCAGACAACAUUCUCAUCGAUACUAACACGAAUUCGAUCGUAGGAAAGUGGCUUUUGACUGAUUUCGGCAUCUCUGCCUUCCAGGAAAGGGAUAAAGGAGGCCAUUCGAAAGUCUUCUCUAUCAGAGACUACGUAGACGCGAAAUGGACGAUGAGAGUGGAUCCGCCCCGUGGAUUUGGGACCUAUCAGCCUCCGGAGGUCAACCGUCUGGAGCCAGUGUCUGCAGGAAGAAUUAACCAAACACUAGACCGCCACGUUGGUCGCAGCGGCGAUAUCUGGUCCUUUGGGUGCAUCUUCGCCGAAGUUCUUGCUUUCUCUAUGGGCGGCCGUGGAGCUGUGAACAGCUUCAAGAAAGCACGUAUAAGCGGCACAGACAAAGGGAACGACUUUUUUUGGUCGCACGAUGGAAAGAAAUACGAACCUCGAAGAAGUAUGCUGGCUUGGCUGUCGAAGUUACAAGAUAUGUAUCCGGAUGCAUAUUCUACAGGAAACAGUGUCAAUAGUUCGGUUUUGGCCAUCAAGUUUAUCCUCAAAGCGAAGAGCCAAGAUCGACCAAGCGCGUUGAAGGUUCGCGACAAAAUUUCUGAUCUUGUAGGUUUGGCGGAGGAGGAGGAAAAGGAACGAGAAACUCGAAUGGCACGGACGACAACCAUGCCCGGACGGAAAGAAAGCCCUACCCAGCAACGUCUCGACAACCAGAGUAGUGCGGUCAUAGACUUGCUCCCUCGCUUCGAGUUCGAGCGCGAAGAGACCCAUCCAGAGAUAGCGCCGACGACGACAGUCACAAAAAUCGAAGAGCAUAACCAGACCUCCUCAGGUAGCGGACAACCAGCCAUCAACCACAAGUUUGUCACGCCGCAGAGCAUACUUGAUUUCGGUCAGAAGUUACGAUCAGUUGGUCCACCCAGAAGCAGCGAUGCUGUCCUCAAGUCUAACCCAGUCAACGUUGAGACAUCGUCCAAGGUCUGCGUUUUCGGGGGAUUCUCAAUGCUUUUCACAAAGCCCGGAAGGUGGAGAAACAACAUUGACAUCAAGGAGCGACGAAUCAACCAAACCAGCGGCGAGACAGAGAUCAUGCCGAAGGGUGAGAAGAACCAGCUCAAAAUCAACUUGAAAAUUGCACCGAACGCCGUCACUGAUAUGAAAGUGGCUUUAUUCUCAGACAGUAACGAGGUUGUCAUCCUUGUUCUUCAAAGAGAUGGAGGGUUGUUCUUUGUGCCGAUAAUCGAGCGGCUUGAUUCCGCUGGUAUUGUCUAA